CGUUUCCCGACGGAUGCUAAAUAGGGAAGACAAAAGCAACAUCGACACGGCUGACGACGUUCGACAGCACGUUUUUAUCGUUAAUAAACUUUCUAGACGGGCACAAACAUGUCCAUUUUUACCCCGACCAACCAAAUACGGCUCACAAAUGUGGCGGUGGUGCGGAUAAAAAAGGGAGGCAAGCGUUUUGAAAUCGCUUGCUACAAGAAUAAAGUUGUCAGCUGGCGAUCGGGAGCAGAGAAAGACCUGGAUGAGGUUUUACAGACAAACUCCGUGUUCGUCAACGUUUCCAAAGGGCAGGUGGCUAAAAAGGAAGACUUGUGUAAGGCCUUUGGGACGGAUGAUCUGACUGAUAUCUGUAAACAGAUCCUGGCCAAAGGGGAGCUGCAAGUGUCCGACAAGGAACGACAGAGUCAGCUGGAGACAAUGUUCAGGGACAUUGCGACCAUUGUGGCCGAGAAGUGCGUCAACCCCGAGACCAAGAGGCCGUACACGGUCAAUCUGAUUGAGCGGGCCAUGAAGGACAACCACUACUCUGUCAAGACUACGAAAAGCACCAAGCAGCAGGCUCUGGAGGUCAUCAAGCAGCUGAAGGAGACCAUGGAGAUCCAGCGGGCCCACAUGAAGCUGCGUCUUAAGAUGCCGAGUAAAGACGCCAAGAAGCUGAAGGAGAAGCUCAAACCGUUCCUGCAGGUGGUCGAGAGUGAAGACUUUGACGAGGAGCUGGAAAUGGUGUGUCUGGUGGAUCCCGGCUGCUUCAGGGAGAUCGACGAACUGAUCCGCUGUGAGACGAAAGGCCGAGGCUCGCUGGAGGUGUUGUGUCUGAAGGAUGUGGAAGAGGGCGACGAGAAGCUAUAGGACCGCCACAGAAGCAUUAACAUGCAACGUAUAAAAGGCUGAACAAGGCCCGGCACUUAAGCUCCUCCCCUUUCCCCACUGAGACUAAUUGCAAGUAAUUUGCUCCAUACUGUCUGGAAAUGAUUGCUCUAAGUUUAAACAUUAGCCGGGUCUUUUUUUUAAAUUUAUUUUUUAUAAAUUUCAGCUUUGCAUUUUGUCUUUAAGGCUUAACAUUUGUUUUCACGACUUAAUGACUAACUCAUACAAGUUGUGUCAUCAGUAAGGCUGCUUUUCAAACAAAUUACAACGAUGUACCGUCUUUUGAACUAAGAACAACAUUAAAAGGUGGUAUCAGAAUUA